AUGUCCGGAAACUUUUCUAGCAAUUUUACAUUCCAGAACCUAUUUCCAUUGACACCUCCUCCCCCACCACCACCUUUGAUUCAAGAGGUAUCAGAUCAAGAAUAUUUGAAGUCUUUUGAGACUUGCAUCUUAAAUCCUAAGAAGAAAUUGAAAAUCAACAGUGCAAAUAUAUUUAAAACUAAAUUUCGUAUAGCUGGUCUAGUGUCAGCUAUUCGAGACAUCAAAAUCCAAGAGAAAUUGCUUUCAGGCAAUAAUAAAAUCAGUGAUGAAGAAAGAAAGUCUGCUCUUGAAAGUAUUAAAAUUAACAAGUCUGUUAUUGAUUUUACUAUGAAGAAAGUUACUGGUACUUUUAUAGAACUGAAUAGAAAAUUGUUGACUAGACGAGCUUCCAAACGACGUCGACAAAAGAGACGCCGCAUCGAAUUUAAAGAAGAAAAAAGAAGGAUCAUGAAACAAAGAGAAGAGAAUUCUCGGAAAAUUGAUGAGAAUUUGCAAAAAAUUAAGGAGGAUAUCCAGAGAGUGAAGGAGGAAGAAGAUGCCAAACUCCAAGCAGAUGUAGUACUAAAGGAAGUACUGAGAAAGAAAUAUGAUGCAAAGAAAAGUAUUGCCAAGUUGGAAGCUCUACAGAAGCUACGGCUUGCCAGACAAAACACUGCUAAAGGGAAGGGGCAGAAUGUUCCAGAACAUGACAUGGCCACAUUCCAAAAUAACAUUGAACGACUUAAGACUCUCUGGAUCUUCAAACUCUCGACUUAUGAAGUAGAAGAGGCACAACUACGCACUAAACUGGAUUUAAAUAAAGAUAAAGACAAUUCGACUGAAAUGGAGAGGCAGGUUUUGGAGAAUUUGGCAAAAUGGCGCAAAGUAUUGUUUGACUCAAAGGUAGAUCCGCAGGUGGACUACAAUGGGGAUAUUGGAAAGUUUGUUGCUGUUAGAUCACAGUGGGAUCAAUACAUAGACAACGGUCCCGAGUCAUCACCUAUACCUAUAGGAUGGGUGUUGCCAGCUAAAGCU